GGCUGCCUCGAUCGAUCGGUAGAUAUAAUUAACCCGCCCGAAUCUCACUCCACCACUCGUUUCAUGGAACCCUAGACGAAAAGCAAGUACCCUCCGAGCGAGAUCGCUCCUCUCCCCCUGCUGCUACAGCUUCCCCCACGGCCCACGCCCCAGCAGCAGCGCAAGAGAGAAGAGAGAUCCCGAGAAGGCCGCUGCGGCCGGCCGGCGCGCAUAUAUCUGUGUCGUCAUCGCCAUCACCCAUGCCCCCCGGCCGGAGCGAGCUCCUCCGAUUAUCCACCUCCCCGAGUCAUCUCAUCUCGUAGUAGCUAGUGAGCGAUCGAGCGUCGAGCCGUCCUUGCUCCGUCCUCCCCUCCGUCCCCGAAUCCAUUUCCGUGUGUGUGUGCUGAGCUAGCUACUAGCCCCUGCGUGCACAAGCAAGUCGAUCAUAAGCCGUGGGGGAAGAGAUAGAAGAGAUGAUGAACCUAUCGGCUGCCGCCAACGCCGCCUGCGAUGAGUUCCCCUACGUCGCCUCCAACCCGGUUCCGCCCUCGCUGCUCCCAAUCAUGGAGCAGGAGAGCAGCAUCCAGAGGGAGCAUCAGCUGGGAUACAACCUCGAGGCCAACUCCCUGGCCCUCCUCCCCCCGUCCACCGCCGCCGGCCACCACCACGCCACCAUCGCCGGGCACGACAUCCUCCAAUUCUACCCGCCCUCGCACUACCUCGCCGCCUCCGGCAACCCCUACGGCCACUUCUCGGCCGGGAGCACCUUCCAGUCGUACUACCCGCAGGCGGCGCAGGCCGCGCCCGAGUACUACUUCCCCACCCUCGUCAGCUCCGCCGAGGAGAACAUGGCGAGCUUCGCGGCCACACAGCUGGGCCUCAACCUCGGCUACCGGACAUACUUCCCGCCACGAGGGGGGUACAUCUACGGCCACCACCCGCCGCGAUGCCAGGCCGAGGGCUGCAAGGCCGAUCUCUCCAGCGCCAAGCGCUACCACCGCCGCCACAAGGUGUGCGAGCACCACUCCAAGGCGCCCGUCGUCGUCACCGCCGGAGGUCUGCAUCAGAGGUUCUGCCAGCAGUGCAGCAGAUUCCAUCUGCUGGAUGAGUUCGACGACGCGAAGAAGAGCUGCAGGAAGCGCCUAGCGGACCACAACCGCCGCCGACGUAAGUCAAAACCCUCCGAUGCUGAUGCUGGAGACAAGAAAAGGGCACAUGGAAACAAAGCUGCAGCUGCUAAAGACAAAGCAGGAAGUAGCAGCAAGAACAUGGACAUUGGAGACGGGUUGGGUACACAGAUGCUAGGGAGUGCGCUCUUGUCAAAAGAUCAAGAUCAAGCCAUGGAUCUUGGAGAGGUGGUGAAAGAAGCGGUGGAUCCCAAGGGAAAGGCCUCGAUGCCACAGCAUCACGGCAUGCAUCAGCACAACCACCACGGCUUCCCCUUCCAUUCUUCGUCUGCAGGCUCUUGCUUCCCCCAGACCCAAGCAGUGUCCGGUGAUACCACAUCAAAUAUAGCUCAAGUGCAAGAGCCGAGCUUAGCUUUCCACCAUCAACACCACCAACACAGCAACAUCUUGCAGCUCGGGCAGGCGAUGUUCGAUCUCGACUUCGAACACUAGUCAAUAUUUGAUCGGCUCUCUCUCCCCCUCCCUCUCUAUAUCUCGUUUCUCCUUUCUUGUUUGUGCGCGUAAUCUGAACGGUUUUUUCAUAUUUAAAUUAUCUGUGUUAAUUACUGUAAUGUGGACAUAAUAAUAUAGCCUAUGCUUGCCAUGCAAUCAUCUAUAUCAUAAUCAA